AUGAAUCUUUUUAGUCAAAUAUUAUUAUCUGAAGCGCAUCCAAAUGUGAAAUUAUCUAAAGAUAUAUUUUAUAGUUUAAUUGUCAAAUCAUCUGGUAGUGCUACACGAUUAAUCAGAUUAUUGAUGAAAAGUUUUUUUACACAAGAUGAAUUAGCUGCUUCAUCAUUAUCCGGUGAAGGCAUUUAUAAACAACGCCUUGAACCAAGUGUAACAGAGGCAAUUAAAAUAUUCAUACGUCAAAGACAUCCUCAACUGAAAACUGGAUCCAUCAAUUUAUGUAUGACAGACGUGUGUGUUCAAGCUCGAAGAGUUGCUAAUAACCAAAGAAGUCGACAACAUCCCACAAGAAACUCACCAACUAUGCAAGAAUCUUUCAAAUCACACAGAAAUUGUUCGAAUGACCAGGAAGAAUGUGAUGGUCGUUUAGGACUUAAAAAUCGAACAAAUAAUUCAGUUCGUUUAAAUUCAACUGGAAAAAUUCCCAAACACACUCACGACAUUAUAACAGAAACAAAUACAAAGAUAACAACAACGUCAACUACACCAACAACCAAUUCCACAACGAAUGAAUAUGAUUCUAGUUAUUGUAUAGAAAUUCCAAAAUCUGAAAUUAUUGACACACAUUUCUCAGAAUCCGAAAAUGAUGAACCUAUUUUACAAAUAGUCGAUGAAAGAAAUGAAAUAGCCUCAGAUAAUAUUGGUACACCAGCGUCAUGUUCAGUGAAUUCUUUUAUGUCAGAUCAAAAUAUAACGAAAUGUAAUAUUGAUUAAAAAAGGGAUGAAAAACACUGAAUUGGUAAAUUAUUAAUAAUCUAUUGCAGGCUGUGCAUGUUUCUAAA